AUGGAACUGUGCGUUGCGUGGCCAAAUGCCAUCGCAGCUCACAUGGAGGUGUGCCGUGUUUGCCGUGGCGAGCUGUCUCCUGCGCACGCAUCGUCACCGCUUGCGGCGACCCUCGGCGAGGGCGAAACCGACGAGCCCUCGUGGCAACUCGAACACUUCACGCGGGAGGAGGCACUGCUGGUGCUGCUAUCGGACGAGAUCGAGGCGACAGCCGCGACGCAAGACGACUUUCUCACGCGGUGGGGGGUCCACAAUGCGUGGGACCACCACAGAGCGCUGCAGGGUCGCAGUUGGUGGGUGAGCGGGGGGAUUGUGGCCGUACUCCCUUCCGAGGCUGCGACCAGGCUUGUGGAACCCUUUCUGAUGCUGGAGCUGUCGCGGAUGGAGAAUGGGUGCCCCCAGCUGUCCCGCCAUCCCGCGAGUUGCCGUGACUCGAGCCAAACACUUGAGGAGGCGUUGACGCACGCUAUUCUGGAGAGGGAACUCUCACAUAGCGUGAGGGCGUACCUCCGCAACGAGGUUGAAGGGCGAAUAGAGUCCCGCCGUUUGCAUCGGAUGACUACGGUGGUGCCACCCGCGAUGGCGCUGUUUCUCAGGGGUGCGCCGUCCUCUGUGUUGCACGAAUGUCUUCUCUACCACACCGUCGACUGUCCCCUCUUCCCGGUGGAGGGCGGCGGCUGCGACGCGGCCCAGAGCUCUACAGAUCGCGCCACCGGUCUAGUGGCCCCAGCGGCUAGUCCCACUGCGUUCCUGCGGCCAGUGAAGUCAGGUCUAUCGUCGACAGACCUGCUGGAGCGGCAGCGUCUUGUCGCUCGUGACGAGACGUCGCGUCUGACAGAGCUGUUUUGCGAGUAUGACCUGCUGCUUUCCGGAGACGGGUAUGUGCGAGUCCCGCUUGCGCCCGUUUCCCGCUACGUUUUUACGCAGCUGCUGUGUCAGUCGGAGCUUCCGUCCGCGCUAAUGCUCGCGCUUAUGCGGCGGCAUUCAGACGUCACACGCCGUGCAGGCGACAUGGGCCAUCGCAUCGACCCGGCCGCUGUGUCGAGCAGACUUCCCCCACCCACCGAGGAGGAGGUAGUGCUGGGGAUAAAGGUGACCUGGGCAGUGACGCGCUGGACGGCCGCGCUACAAAGAGGCGCUGCGGCGGCGCCACCUGUAGGCCUACCGAUGUGGAAUGAAGAGCAAAGUCUGCGGAAAGAUAAACUGUGCGGAUGGAUUCGCGAGCGCAUGCGAAAAGCCAAGCGUGAGGCUGCCGAGCUGUACUCUCUUGAAGAUGCUGCGGAUACACGUGCCACAGGUAGAGAGGAGGAUGGCGUCGCUUCCACGGUGUCCGCGCUCCCGGUCGCGAGCGGUGACACGGCCGAUCCCCUGCGGCGUUGCCGAGGUGCCGCAUUGGAGCAGCUGGAGCGGAGACUCUUCGCGCCGUUUCCAUCAUCCUACCGUGGCUCGUCGACUGAGUGGCUUGGACAAGCUCUCCGUGACGUCGCAAGAGAGCAAAGGCACGCAGCAUCGAACAUGGCACAGCGCGACGAUGUGCGCGCAUCCUAUGCGGGGCCCGCCCCAGCGGCACGCAGAGCUGCUUCACCCAACGUGCUCGACAACUCGUCGAGUGCAAGUGACUCAGACGGGACGUCAGACGACGGCUCAGAGGGCGCAGGAGGCGUGGGCACCCCCACAAGGCAGGAGACGGAGAGCCUACUUGCACAGCUAACAGAGCUGGAGGUGGUGCUUCAAAACGAACUGGCAAGCCGGACGGCGAUCCCUCUCGCAUGCGGAGGCGACAGUCGGACAACUGACUCGCGCCUCGGCGUCGGUGAUGCUGUCACCGGAGACCAAGAGAUGGAUGUGACGUCAUGGCUUACCGCUGCAGACAUGCAGCAGGUAACCCGGAACGAGCUUUUCCUGCAUCACGUGCAGCUCCUAGAAUCUGAGAUGGAGCAGGACCAGUAG